AUGGAGGACGGGAGGACAGGGCUGCAUGUAGCGGGGAUGCUGGGGAGGGCGGGGAGCGUGAGGGAGCUGAUAGAGGCAGGAGCAGAGGUAGGAGGGAAGGACGAUGAAGGGAAGACGAUGGUGCACUGGGCGGCAGAGUAUGGGCAUGUGGAGGUAGUGCAGAACGUCGUGAGGACAUGCGGGGAGGAGGUGCUGAGGGAGAAGGACAAUGACGGCUACACAUGUGCGCACUGGGCGAGUGCAGGAGGGCACUUGGAGGUGGCGCGGUAUGCUGUAGAGACAUGCGGGAAGGAGGCGCUGAGGGAGAAGACCAAUGACGGCUGGACAUGCGCGCACUUGGCGAGCAUGGGAGGGCACAUGGAGAUGCUGCGGUAUGUUGGGGAGACAUGCGGGAAGGAAGUGCUGAGGGAGAAGGACAAUAACGGCCAGACAUGCUCGCACUUGGCAAGUGUAGGAGGGCACAUAGAGGUAGUGAGGUAUCUUGUAGAGACAUGCGGGGAGGAGGUGCUGAGGGAGAAGACCAAUGACGGCAGGACAAGCGCGCAUGCGGCGAGUCAGGGAGGGCGGUUGGAGGUAGUGCGGUAUGCUGUAGAGACAUGCGGGGAGGAGGUGCUGAGGGAGAAGGACAAUGACGGCUGGACAUGCGCGCAAUUUGCGAGCGAGAGAGGGGACUUGGGGGUAGUGCGGUAUGUUGGGGAGAGAUGCGGGAAGGAAGUGCUGAGGGAGAAGACCUAUGACGGCUACACAUGCGCGCACUUGGCGAGUACAGGAGGGCACAUAGAGGUAGUGCGGUAUGUUGUAGAGACAUGCGGGGUGGAGCUGAGGGACAAGACCAAUAACGGCUACACAUGCGCGCACUUGGCGAGUCAGAGAGGGUACUUGGAGGUAGUGCGGUAUUCUGAGAAGACAUGCGGGGAGGAGGAAGAGGACAAUAACGGCAAGACAUGCGUGCACUGGGCGAGUGAGGGAGGGGACUUGGAGGUAGUGCGGUAUGUUGCAGAGACAUGCGGGAAGGAGCUGCUGAGGGAGAAGACCGAGGACGGCAGGACAUGCGCGCACUUGGCGAGUGAGAGAGGGCACUUGGAGGUAGUGCGGUAUGUUGCAGAGACAUGCGGGGAGGAGCUGCUGAGGGAGAAGGACGUUGUCAGGUACUCAUGCGCGCACUGGGCGAGUGCUUUUGGGCACUUGGAGGUAGUGCGGUAUGCUGUAGAGACAUGCGGGGAGGAGGUGCUGAGGGAGAAGACCAAUUCCGGCAGGACAUGCGCGCACUUGGCGAUUGAGAAAGGGCACAUAGAGGUAGUGCGGUAUGUUAGGGAGACAUGCGGGAAGGAGCUGCUGAGGGAGAAGACCGAGGACGGUAUGACAUGCGCGCGCUUGGCGAGUGAGGGAGGGCACUUGGAGGUAGUGCUGUAUGCUGUAGAGACAUGCGGGGAGGAGGUGCUGAGGGAGAAGACCAAUGACGGCAAGACAUGCGCGCACUUGGCGAGUGAGGGAGGGCACUUGGAGGUAGUGCGGUAUGUUGCAGAGACAUGCGGGGAGGAGGUGCUGAGGGAGAAGACCAAGUUCGGCAGGACAUGUGCACACUUGGCGAGUGAGGGAGGGCACUUGGAGGUAGUGCGGUAUGUUGCAGAGACAUGCGGGGAGGAGCUGCUGAGGGAGAAGGACAAGCACGGCUCAACUUGCUUCACUUUGACUUAUAACUCAGAUGUCAAGGAUUAUCUGAGAGGUUUAGGUAUCGACUAG